AUGGAGGCACUACUGGAAUCUAGCGUCACAGCUAAAUCGACACCCACACAGGGCCAUGUCGAGCCGGAUACUGCUCAAAAGACACCACCUGCGCCUUUGGAGAAAGAGGUGUCAAACCUAGUAAUCAAUGAUGCCGGCGAGCAGAAAUUCAUCGGAUCCUCAUCUGGCCUCAGCCUAUUCUCCCCCAGGGGGCUCGCCUGGAUACAACGCAAACUCGGCUCAGAUAAGAUGGUCGCAAUCUUCAGGAAGUUUCAGCAACGUAGCCCUAUGUGGCCCUCAAUUAGAUUUGGCCGUCAGUCAAACGAACCUUCUGACAUAUAUCCCUUUCCACCAAGAGAGAUAGCAGUCUAUUUGGUGGACUGCUAUUUCAAAACUUUCAAUGCCGUGUAUCCGUUGUUCUCACGAGACACUUUCUGGGAACUCUUCGAGAGACAAUACUCUGACACUCCUCCACCAGACGGGUCCUGGAUCAGUGCAUUGAGCAUUGUCCUAUCGAUCGGUUGUACCUUGGCCACGGAUGCGGUGCUCAGAAAUAUAAGCAUGGUUGACCCUUCAUUCACGUCUAACCUCAUGGAUAUGGCGUGGAAAUACUUCAAGAACGCUAGCUCUAUGAUUCCGACUCUUCUUUUCAUACAAUACGACCUUCUGACGGUGCAGACUCUGAUCGGGAUGGCGUAUAUCAUGCAAACACAAAUGCACCCAGAAGGCGCCUUCCUAUUAAUUGGUAUCGCCGCCCGGGUCUGCUCUUCCUUAGGUCUGCAUAGGCACCUUGAAAGCUUCGGUCUUACCGAAUCAGAAUCCUACCAGCGACAACGAGUGUUCUGGAUCUUAUGUGUCAUCGACAAAGACAUGUCGAUACGCAUCGGCAGACCAUCCGCAAUCGACGACGAUGAUGCCGAGAUUGAGAUUGUUUCGCAACCCUCUCAGGGAGAGAUAUCUAUACCCGUGACUGGCGAACGUUCCGGCUUUUACCCAUUCCAGAGUCUAUGUUCUCUUGCGUUAAUUCAAAGCAGGAUCUUCCACGAGCUGUACGCGGCCAAAGCCCGCAACAAUACAACCGCGGAGAGACUUGAAUCCAUCAGCAAACUCGAUGCCGAGCUUCAUGACUGGAAGGAGCAAAUACCUUCCGAGAUCAGGCCGGAGAACCCGAUAUACUGUGAUAAAGAGUUCCGUCACUCUGUCCUUCAACUCCAUUACAGCUACUACCAUUGUUUGACAGCUAUUCACCGCGUCAAUGCGCAUCACGAGCUGUGGGCGUCUGAAGAUACAGGGCACCCAGACUCCCAGAAGAGCACGCCAUCAUCUGGUGCAGCCCCAGAUGAUGAUGGAUCCAAGCAUCGCACCCAGUCGUCAUACGCCUUAUGCUUGAUGAGCGCUCGAUCGUCACUUCUCCUCACCGUCAGUUAUCUGGAUGAGUAUGAUGUUCGCAAUAAGCUGAUCUGGCUGGCACCUUAUUUCCCAGUGACUUCCUUCCUGGCACUCUUCACGCACAUUCUUCACAAUCCAUUGGAUUCGAGGGCCGCUGCCGAUUUGGCUCUCAUGGCUCAAACAAUAACCAGUCUUCACAAGUUGGUCGGCACAGAUGACAGGACGUUAUUUUCCUUCAUCACAAAUGUGCUUGACGAUUCCUUGCAGAUCGCAAAGCAGCAUGUCCAAGAUUCGCAAGCCAAGUCAUCGCCACAGAACUCCAUCGCAAAUGUCACAAGUGAUGUCACGAUAGAAGCACCCAACAAGCCUCAAUUUGCGACGGGUCAACAAGCAGUCUUCAAUAUGCCGACUAGCUCUAUGUCACUUCCCACCCAGGUCAACGAUGCAGCUACAUCGGGAAUGGGACAGCAACCCCUCAAUGCUGUAAACACCUUUGCGGUUCCUCAGACUUUUGAUCCGACCUACCAGCCAGACUUUGACUUCAACAAUCUCGACUUCACGACGCAACUUGCCAACCAAGGCCAGUAUAAUACCCAAGGCAUGAUGUCGAUGGACGAUCCAUUCUUACUUUUGGAGUAUGGCGAAUGGGACUGGACUUACUGA